AUGAUGAGAGACACGGCUUUGGAAAGACCUAUUGCUGGCGAGUCUGAUCCACAGCUUCCCUCCAUACACACACAUCAACGGUGUAUCACACUCACUAUUAGCCAGGCAUCUACGACCAACAUGCUUGGGAUCUCGAUGAAGAAGUUACUGCUGCUUCCCGCUGCUCUGCGGGUAGCUUACGCAGCAAGCAGCAACUCCUCUACAGCAUGCAACAAUUCUCCUUCUCUCUGCAGUCGAGCCUACGACAACAUCACUCACCUAGGAGCCCACGAUAGCCCUUUCAUCCGUGAUGCAUCGAAUGGUUACGAUGUCAGCGGCAACCAGUACCUCAACACCACCGCGCAGUUGUCUGCUGGCGUCCGUCUAUUGAGCGCACAGGUGCAGACAAAUUCGAGUGCUGGGACCUUGAACGUUUGCCACACAAGCUGUUCCCUGCUAGAUGCUGGUCGUCUUCGGGAUUGGUUGAGCGAGGUCAAUACUUGGUUGACAAUCAAUCCGAACGAGGUCGUUACGAUUCUGCUGGUCAAUGGUGCUAGUGCCACUGCCAGUGAUCUGGCUGCCGAGUACGAGGCCGCCGGCAUCAGUAAUAUAGCCUAUCAACCGUCAAGCUCGAGGGCGACCACACAAUGGCCAACGCUGCAAACCUUGAUCAACGAUGGGACUCGCCUUGUAAACUUCGUUGCGGAUCUCAGCAGCAACUCAGCUGCUCCUUAUCUGAUGAACGAGUUCACCUACAUAUUCGAGAAUAAUUAUGACAUAACGGACCUCACUGGCUUCUCCUGUACGGCGAAUCGACCAACAAGUUUAGGAAACAACACCAACAGUGCGCUCUCGUCGGGUAUGAUGCCAUUGAUGAACCACUUUCUGUACGAACAGGCAGUGUUUGGCAUCCAGACUCCGAACGACACAUACCUCUCAGUCACGAACUCGGAAAAUGGCGGUGUCGGAAGCCUUGGAAAUGCAGCGACGCAGUGCACCAGCGAGUACGGCCGCGCACCCACCUUCAUCCUGGUCGAUUUCUUCAACGCCGGACCGGCAAUCGCAACUGUUGACCGCUUGAACGGCGUAACGAAUCCUGUGGGUCGAACGACCACCUCGACAGCAGUGCAAAACCAGAGCACGUCCGGCGCCGGGUCAGCUGGUGUCAAACAUGCGACGCUGUGCUUCACGCUUUUGGCAGUCUUGCAUUUCGCGUUGUAG